AUGGGCUGCUGGCUGGGCCUGGCAGAUCCCUAUCUUGCCGAGGUCAGCGCCCAUGCCGGCUUCGACUGGCUCCUGAUCGACGGCGAACAUGCCCCGAACGAUCUGCGCUCCAUCAUUGCCCAGAUGCAGGUGAUUGCGGCAGGCAAGAGCCAUCCCGUCGUCAGGCCCGUGAUCGGCGAAACCUGGAUGAUCAAGCAGCUUCUGGAUGCCGGUGCACAGACGCUCCUUGUUCCCAUGGUGGAAAGUGCCGAGCAGGCACGCGAACUUGUUGCCGCGGUCACCUAUCCGCCGCAUGGUGUUCGCGGCGUCGGCUCCGCCCUAGCGCGUGCGUCAGGCUUUGCAGGCAUUCCCGAUUAUCUGACGACCGCGCGGGACGAGAUCUGCCUGCUUGUUCAGGUCGAGAACCGAAAGGGCAUCGCUGCCCUCGACGACAUCCUCGACGUUGACGGUGUCGACGGCGUGUUCAUCGGUCCAUCCGACCUUGCCGCGGACAUGGGGCACAUCGGCAAUCCCGGUCAUCCGGAUGUCGAAAUUGCCGUUCUUGAUGCCAUGAACAAGAUUGUUGCUUCCAACAAGGCCGGCGGGAUCCUCACCUUACAGCCCGGGAUGCAGAAAAAGUGCCUCGAGCUUGGAGCGACUUUCGUUGCAUCGGCGGUUGAUGUCACGCUCUUUGCAGCAGCGAUACGCAAGAGCGCUCAAGAAGCGCGUGCGCUGCUUGUAAGCGACAACUGA